GGGACUUCCGGUCACGCUUGGCAACCAAACCUUCCGGGAGACUAGCGGCUUUUGUGGACCCAGAGCGGCGAUCCGAUCCUUUUGGUUUCUGGUGGCUGUUGGAACUGGCACACAUCAGUGAUGGAUUCAUCACAGGGAGACUCUAAGCCAUGGUAUUCUCAACGAGCAUAUGCAAGAUACUGGCAACAUUAUAACCAAGCCAUGAAGUGGAUGCGUAGACACCAGAAUGCCUACAGGAAGGCUAUGUUGUCAUUCUACAAUUCCCCAUGGUAUUUGGCUGCCCUCAUUCCAAGUAGUCGUUAUGCAGACUGGGGUGGAGAUGACCUGUCAGCCAAGGAAGAUUAUUUAUCUUCCCAUGGUUGGCAUAGCAGAUCUCAGUAUCCUAGAUGGUCACAGCAGCCCCCUGGUAAUACUCAUAGUUACCAAAUGACCACAAAAAAAGAUCAAGUUUCCUCCACAGAAGAAGAGUCAGAUUCAGAUGGGGAAAUAGAAUGUGACUUGAGUAACAUGGAGAUCACAGAGGAGCUCCGCCAGUAUUUUGCUGAAACAGAGAGACACAGAGAAGAGCUAAAAAGACAACAACAGCUGGAGGCGGAACACCAGGAUGUUUAUGUUGAAGCAGACCAUGACCUGCACCCAACCACAGGUCGCUCUGUGCAGCCACCCUCGGAGAGGCCAGGGGAAAGGCGAAUGGUAGAAAUGAAGAAAUUGUAUGGGGAGAGUGCUGCCAAGAUCCAGGCCAUGGAGACGGCCAUGCAGCUCACUUUUGACAAGAACUGUGAUAAAAAACAGCCUAAGUACUGGCCUGUUAUUCCUCUGAAGCUAUGAGCCACACGAAGCCCCUUACUGGAAACAAACACCCAGCGGAACCUCAAGGUACACAUUGUUCUAAGAACAGAGAAUGCAGGGGUUACACCUCCUCUUCCCUUCCUCUUUCUAUUUUGGUGCAUCUUUCCCAACUUUAUAUCUUUUCCAGCUUCCAAGAAAAGAAAUUUAUCUCUUGAAACUUUGAUCUAUUUUGGUCCACUCACCCAAAUGCAAGAAGAAAUUUAGCAUAUAUUGAGUAUCUCUUUAUGGUAUAAAGUGAUAACUCCGCCAUCGUAUUUUCUUUAAUUCUUAAAAAUUCCAUUGUAUCAGUAUAUUUAAGAUGUUCCAAACUAAACUGUUGUACUGUUGUGGAUUGUAAACAUUUUUGUUGUGCAACAUAUAAAGAUUAUAAAUUUCAAAGUAAUGUGUUACCAUUUUAAACACAUUUUAUUAUAUUUGCAUACCUAAUUUUAUUUUUCUAUAUCUCAAAAGUUUUUGUUUCAGUUGGAUAACAUGAAUUGACAAAAAAAUUUUCAAGAUUAAAGAAUACUUGUUGGAACACAUAGUUCCUCUUCUUUAAUUAUGAAAUGUUUAUUAUAAAAUGAGGCACACUAAUAGUAGAUUCUAACCUCUCAUUGCAAAUUUCACAUUAGACAUUGAAGUCUUAUUUGCGUUACAGUGUGGGUAGUGUUUGUCUUUAAUUUGGUAUACUGCAAAAUCUGUGCUCUUAAAAUUAAGGUAUAAUGUCAAUGAUGCUGCUUCAGGCUCUGGAGUUCUUAUUUAUUCUGAUGUACUUGAGAUAAAGCCUUUACUUACAUAAUUUUUAUAUUGUAAAUUUGGGUAAAUUUUAUAUUGAACAUCCAAAAUGUUCACAAGAGCUGUGUAUUUGCAACCUAUAUGGACAGAUAGGAGAUGCUGAUCAUAGAUUUGGACGAUCUUGAUAAAAUAAAAACCUUCUUUACAUGGAAAGUAA